UGUGGUCCAAUUCUUAGAGAUCCACCAUUAGACUCAAGAAAAUGUUUCGAGGGUGUUGAACAAACUCUCAAUGGCCUUGCUUCAUUUUCACCAACACUUUCGAAUCCUUUUUCUAUGAAUCGGAAGGGUGAAAACGGAACCACGAUUUCUCUGAUGGACCCCGAGAUGUGUAUUGACCAUUGUGCCGACUACCUCUUUGCGUAUGCAGCUCUAAAAAAUAGUGCAGAAUGCUAUUGUGGUAACGACAGCGUUACAGUAUAUUACAAUAACCCAUCCAAUGGUACAUGUAAUAGUACUUGUGCUGGCAACCCGAAUCUCACUUGUGGUGGAGAAAAUGCUUUUAAAGUUUAUAGCACCAUCACUAAUUCCCACUACUCAUAUGGUCAAAACAUUAAUAUCAAUAAAAAACUAGAGCUGAUUUCUAAGAAUAGCGACCCUCGCUAUCAAGGAUGUUUUCAAGAUGGUCCUUCUUGUCGCACCUUAAAUGGUACCACACCUCAAGUGGAAAAUUCCAUGACAAUCGAUGAUUGCAUAAACAUCUGCAAUCAAAAUAGUUUUAAAUAUGCUGGCCUGGAAGAUGGACAUCAAUGUUUUUGCGGCAAUGAUUACACUGUAAAUGGUCAAGCAAGCGGUGCACCCAACGAGCAAUGUAGUACUAGUUGCGUGGGCAAUAACUCUCAGAUUUGUGGUGGCCCUUUUGCUCUUAGUAUAUAUAAAGUUCCCAACAAUUCUUCAACAAAUUCUACUUUAAAAAUUGUAGGAGUUGUCUUAGGUGUCUUAGGAGGUGUCUUAGUAUUGCUAUUUAUUGCUAGAAGAAUCACUUGA